AUGGCCAAGUUCAACACCAUGUGGGACCGAGAAGGGGAUCCCAGCAAGAAAUUCGAGACUCGAUUCAAGGUGGAGAAGAACGGCGCCCGAAUUGAUGUGGAAUAUCCCGGACGAGUCGUUGUCCUCGUCGCCGCUAUCGAUGACGUGAACAAGUACGGGAAGUUGGAACUGUCGUGGAACCCCGAGAGGGCAGUCAUCUUGGAAGUGGAUUAUCUCGCUGGAGGAGGGAACACAGGAAAAGUGGGAGCUCGGCUCUCUACACCUUUCGUUGGAUAUGAGAAAACGGAAAUGUAUCUUCAAUAUUCUGUCGGAUUCCCUCGUCUCGAAGCCAAGAUCGAAGUGAGCAUGUUCGGCAAGAACCAACUUACUGCCUCCAUCGACGGCGAGCUGAAUACAAGCCGGGAAAGAACCGACCUCCAAGGGAAGAUCCAAGCCAACGGCCACUGGCUGGCCGAAAACGAGGUCACAGGAUCCCUCUCCUACCAGUCCGACCUCGAACGGAGGUUCGCGAGCAUCCAGGCUAACUCCGGUGAAAAGAAGAUCUCCGUCUCUUAUGAGGGCUCGCCCAAAGACCAUUUUGACAGCCAAUCCGGCUCCAUCAACAACAAGAUCACCAUCUCCUCCAGCAUCCCCCAGAUCCGCAAUAUCGUCCUCGCAAUCCAGCAUAUCCACGAGCUUCCGAUUGAAGUGGAAAGCGAAGCCUCCCUUGACCUGAACGGUGCCGUUUACAAACUGAACCUCUCAGGACGGACCGAGGGUGGAAAGCACUACUCUGGUAGCAUCAAGGUCGGAACUCCAAUCGAAACCUUCGAACACAGCAAGGCCGGAGUCACGUUCGACCUGGGAUCCAACUCCCUGUCUGGAAAUGGCGAAUUCGCCUGGAGGGGCCAGCAAUACACUGCAGAGUUUGCAGGAAAGGGCGACAUGACAUCGACCGAGAAGAAGAUCCACGGCCUGGUGUCCAUCCGAGGGUCCACAAUCCCGGAUGUUGACGUUAGCCUCCAACACGAUUUCCAGAAAGGGAAAUUCGCCACCAAGAUCGAAGCAGGCGGCUUUCUCUACCAUCCAUUCCGUCUCGAAGAUGCCACCUUCGACGUCGAACUUCGAGGAGGCAAGAUCGUGACGGCUCACUUCGAGAUCGAUAACCGGAAUACAGAAGUGAUGACGGCCAAGUUCAACACCAUGUGGGACCGAGAAGGGGAUCCCAGCAAGAAAUUCGAGACUCGAUUCAAGGUGGAGAAGAACGGCGCCCGAAUUGAUGUGGAAUAUCCCGGACGAGUCGUGGUCCUCGUCGCCGCUAUCGAUGACGUGAACAAGUACGGGAAGUUGGAACUGUCGUGGAACCCCGAGAGGGCAGUCAUCUUGGAAGUGGAUUAUCUCGCUGGAGGAGGGAACACAGGAAAAGUGGGAGCUCGGCUCUCUACACCUUUCGUUGGAUAUGAGAAAACGGAAAUGUAUCUUCAAUAUUCUGUCGGAUUCCCUCGUCUCGAAGCCAAGAUCGAAGUGGGCAUGUUCGGCAAGAACCAACUUACUGCCUCCAUCGACGGCGAGUUGAAUACAAGCAGGGAAAGAACCGACCUCCAAGGGAAGAUCCAAGCCAACGGCCACUGGCUGGCCGAAAACGAGGUCACAGGAUCCCUCUCCUACCAGUCCGACCUCGAACGGAGGUUCGCGAGCAUCCAGGCCAACUCCGGUGAAAAGAAGAUCUCCGUCUCUUAUGAGGGCUCGCCCAAAGACCAUUUUGACAGCCAAUCCGGCUCCAUCAAUAACAAGAUCACCAUCUCCUCCAGCAUCCCCCAGAUCCGCAAUAUCGUCCUGGCAAUUCAGCAUAUCCACGAGCUUCCGAUUGAAGUGGAAAGCGAAGCCUCCCUUGACCUGAACGGUGCCGUUUACAAACUGAACCUCUCAGGACGGACCGAGGGUGGAAAGCACUACGCUGGUAGUAUCAAGGUCGGAACUCCAAUCGAAACCUUCGAACACAGCAAGGCCGGAGUCACGUUCGACCUGGGAUCCAACUCCCUGUCCGGAAAUAGCGAAUUCUCCUGGAGGGGCCAGCAAUACACUGCAGAGUUUGCAGGAAAGGGCGACAUGACAUCGACCGAGAAGAAGAUCCACGGCCUGGUGUCCAUCCGAGGGUCCACAAUCCCGGAUGUUGACACCUUCGACGUGGGCAUCGAAUUCGGCAACUCCAGGAAUCUUAGAGUUCACGGCAGCUACGAGUUUUCCGCUUCCCGGUCCUCUCUCAACGCCACACUUCUGACUCCAAUCCAGAAAUACGAAGAACUCUCUCUCACAUCCUUCUACGAAAAGAACCCUGGAGAACUCUUCGGUUCCCUGGGAUUCGCUUGGGCUUUCGAUAAGCAAAUUGCUCUCAAGGGAUAUUGGCAACAUCCCAUCGACCUGGACCUCUCUUUCGCUUCCCCAUUCGAACCUGUCAAGGACGUGAGGCUGAAGAUCGAAACGACGACUGACAAUGAAGGCAUGGGACUCGACGCGACUGCCUCCUGGAACGGCCGCAGGUGGAGCCUUGGCGGGAAGGCAAGGAAGGAUUUCGACAAGUCCGAAUUCCAAGCCCUGCUCAACGUAGAAGGAAAGGAAAUCAGGUUGGUUUCAAGCGCAAAUCUGGACACCUCCGAUGCCAACUUCGAUCUCGCGCUGACGACACCCUUUGUGGGAUACGAGAAAUUCCAAGUUCAGUGCUCCUCUCGCAAGACCGACGAACAGCUCACUCUCAAGUACAGCUUCUCCACUCCCUUCGAAGAGGCACGAUCGUCCGACUUCAAGGCCGACUUCCGCUAUCCCAAGCGCAGACUCGACGGAGAAGUAUCCUUCAAGUACAACGAGCACCAGCUCGGCGGGAACUUUCAAGUGGACGCCGAAAGUGACGGAGUCAUCAACGUGAAUGCAGAAUUGGAAACAACCUUCCUCGCGAUGAAACGACUUUCCUUCUCCGCUGUCGGUCGAAGCUCGAACAACUGGCAGAACGCAGAAAUGGAGGCAUCCCUCAACCUGCCUUCAUCGCAGCACAAAUUCAGCUCUUCCUACAACGCUGAUCCUCGAGACAUGCAAUUCACUCUGAAGGGAGACACCCCGUGGCUUCCAUCCGGACAGGCCAAAUUCAACGGAAAAAUCAAGGCAUCUGGCUUCGGUAAUGUAGACGCUUCUCUCAACGGGCUCAUCGACGCGAGCGAGUACGGAUUUAACGUCCGAUACGCACUGGAGAACACAGGCCUGAAAGUGGAGAUCGAGGAUCGAGCCGUCUCCAAGCUCUUCGGCAUCCCCGAGACCAGCUUCCGUAUCCACGCAGAAGGGGUAGGAAAUUCAGGACUCCUAAAAGUGAACGUGAGGAAGGGCACCACAAGCUAUGAAGCAUCUGGUCAAUACAGCCUGACAGAAGACAAAUUCCAGCUCCAAGGAGAGAUCCAAUGCCCCAACUUCAAGAACUCCCUCUCCGUCGAGGUGAAGCACGACGGCUGGAGAAAAGUGGACACUGACGUCAACGUCACUGGCACCGAGACUCACAUCGCAUCGAUGAAGUACAACGCAGAUCCUCGAGACAUGCAACUCUCUCUGGAGGGUAACACCCCGUGGCUUCCAUCCGGACUGGCCAAAUUCAACGGAAAAUUCAAGGCAUCUGACAUCGGUCACGUAGAAGCUUCUCUCAACGGGCUCAUUGACGCGAGCGAGUACGGAUUUAACGUCCGAUACGCACUGGAUAACACCGGUCUGGAAGUAGAGGUCGAGGAUCGCGCCGUCUCCAAGCUCUUCGGCAUCCCCGAGACCAGCUUUCGCAUCCACGCAGAAGGAGGAGGAAAUUCAGGACUCCUAAAAGUGAACGUGAGGACGGGCACGACAAAUUACGAAGCAUCUGGUCAAUACAGCCUGACAGAGGACAAAUUCCAGCUGCAAGGAGAGAUCCAAUUCCCCAACUUCAAGAACUCCCUCUCCGUCGAGGUGAAGCACGACGGCUGGAGAAAAGUGGACACUGACGUCAACGUCACUGGCACCGAGACUCACAUCGCAUCGCUCAAGUACAACGCAGAUCCUCGAGACAUGCAACUCUCUUUGGAGGGUAACACCCCGUGGCUUCCAUCCGGACUGGCCAAAUUCAACGGAAAAGUCAGUGCAUCUGGCUUCGGUAAAGUAGAUGCUUCUCUCAACGGGCUCAUCGACGGGAACGAGUACGGAUUACUUUGGAGGGUAACACCCCGUGGCUUCCAUCCGGACUGGCCAAAUUCAACGGAAAAGUCAGUGCAUCUGGCUUCGGGGCUCUGGUGCAUCCGCAUCCACGCAGAAGGGGAAGGAAACUCAGGACUCCUAAAAGUGAACGUGAGGACGGGCACCACAAAUUACGAAGCAACUGGUCAAUACAGCCUGACAGAGGACAAAUUCCAACUGCGAGGAGAGAUCCAAUGCCCCAACUUCAAGAACCCCCUCUCCUUCUCCGUCGAGGCGAAGCACGACGGCUGGAGGAAGGUAGACACUGGUCUCACCGUCACUGGCACCGAGACUCACAUCGCAUCGAUGAAGUACAACGCAGAUCCUCGAGACCUGCAACUCUCUUUGGAGGGUAACACCCCGUGGCUUCCAUCCGGACUGGCCAAAUUCAACGGAAAAAUCAAGGCAUCUGACAUCGGUAACGUAGACGCUUCUCUCAACGGGCUCAUCCACACCAGCGAGUACGGACUCAACGCCAGAUAUGCACUUGAGAACACCGGCCUGAAAGUAGAGGUCGAGGAUCGCAUCGUCUCCAAAUUCUUUGGCAUCCCCGAGACCAUCAUCCGCAUACGCACAGAAGAGGAAGGAAACUCGGGACUCCUGGAAGCGAACGUGAGGUCAGGUACCACAGACUACGAAGCAUCUGGUAAAUAUAGCUUGACAGAGGACAAUUUCCAAUUGCGAGGAGAGAUCCAAUGCCCCAACUUCAAGAACCCCCUCUCCCUCUCCGUCGAGGCGAAGCACGACGGCUGGAAGAAGGUAGACACUGACUUCACCGUCACUGGCACCGAGACUCACAUCGUAUCGCUCAAGUACAACGCAGAUCCUCGAGACAUGCAACUCUCUUUGGAGGGUAACACCCCGUGGCUUCCAUCCGGACUGGCCAAAUUCAACGGAAAAGUCAGUGCAUCUGGCUUCAGUAAAGUAGAUGCUUCUCUCAACGGGCUCAUCGACGGGAACGAGUACGGAUUCAACGUCCGAUACGCACUGGGGAACACCGGUCUGGAAGUAGAGGUCGAGGAUCGCGCCGUCUCCAAGCUCUUUGGCAUCCCCGAGACCAUCAUCCGCAUCCGCACAGAAGGGGAAGGAAACUCAGGACUCCUAGAAGCGAACGUGAGGACAGGCACCACAGAUUUUGAAGGAUCUGGUAAAUAUAGCUUGACAGAGGACAAAUUCCAACUCCGAGGACAGCUCCGAUGCCCCAACUUCAAGAACCCACUCUCCCUCUCCGUCGAGGCGAAGCACGACGGCUGGAAUAAGGUAGACACUGACUUCACUGUCACUGGCACCGAGACUCACAUCGUAUCGCUCAAGUACAACGCAGAUCCUCGAGACAUGCAACUCGCUUUGGAGGGUAACACCCCGUGGCUUCCAUCCGGACUGGCCAAAUUCAACGGAAAAGUCAGUGCAUCUGGCUUCGGUAAAGUAGAUGCUUCUCUCAACGGGCUCAUCGACGGGAACGAGUACGGA